GUUUUUCAACUCUACAGUCUCACAUAACUCAAGGAUUAUGAACGGAAAAACUACAAUUCCAUCAGAAAUGCGUUAAAGACCGCCUACUCUCUAAACCAGGUUCCCAGCAUUGCGUUUAAAGACCACCAAAACUACCUUCCCCCCAGAACUUGCGUUAUAAAUUCAUCUUCAACUCGGACCAUCCUCCCAAAUAAAUGCGUUAAAAGCGUCCGAGCGUGCGCACAAGACGCGAUAGAGUCGGAUGAAUAGCAAUUUAUUGAAAGGAAAAAAAAACCUGGGUGGGGAUAGAGGAGUGGGGGUGAGAGAGACGGUGGGAAGCAGAAUUCAUUUUCUUUCCUUGGACUGUGGGAACUGAGCAGAUCGCAUCAUAACUGGGGGGUCAUUUACUAUUGUAAAGUAUAGGAGCAGCUUUUCUAAUCUAAGCCGCGGCGCUUAUGCACCUUGACAAGUCGCCUGACAGCAGCAAUGGAACCGUAGAAAGCCGUUAUAAAAAUAAAUAAAAUCAGACUAAAUACACUAACGGACAGAGAGCGACACAUCAGCGCGGAAUAAACAUGGAAAAUCUGUGACCAGGAGCAAACACGAAAAGGAUUUAACACUUCAUAAAGCCCCUUAGGCUUGAUUUUAAAACACCCGGUUUCCAUUCGAAAGGGAUUUAUCUUUUUUCCUGAGCUUUUUGAUACACCGAUGAAGUCAAGCAUGGAUGGCAGACAGACGUGGGUCUUCUCCGGGUACCGCGGCUUGCUGAUGCUGUCAGCCUCCUUGGUUCUGCACUUGAUGGCAUUUUGCGCACAUGGGAGCUCCAUAAGGACCAAUGACACCGAGGCUCCCAACAGGUUGAACUCGUCCUCAGCUUCGCCCCCUAGUGGGCAGCAGAUGGACUUGACCCUGGGGGUCGCAGGCUCUGCCCCUCCCAUCGCCCCAUUGCACAAGCCACAAGGUAGCAGCGACCUGGGCAGUGGCAUCAGCCAGGAUUCAGCAGAGCUGGACCAAGUUCUGGAUGCAGGAGUCAACACUCUAUUCCUCCCUCCGCCGCGCCCUGGUAUUGGUACCAAGGUCAAGCUGGACUUCCAGGACAUGGACGAGCACCAGCACCAGCAGCACACGGACCCUCCCUGGCUCGCGGCCCGGCCCGGCCCAGUCGUGACUGCCACUGUGACCCCGACGACAGCAGCCACCUCUGCCAUGUUGGACCUGGAUCUCCAGCCUGUCACCACCGCAGUGACCGAGCCUCCAGGUCAGUCCCCCACGCAGCCGGACGUGGUCACCGUGGAAUUCUGGGACCUCGGCUCACAUCACCGGCACCUGGAGACUGAUUCCAUCACCGAAUCUGCAGCCAAUCAGCUACAGGCAGGCGGCACCACCUCCUGGGCCAUGUUUGACAACUACGACUACCUCACACCCAGUGACCUCCUGGAUGAGAAGAACGAAGUGCUCACAGAUACAAGCGAUAGUACCACCGUGGAAGAUCAAGACAUCAUGAUCUCCACCACCACCAGUAGUUCCUUCGACUACCAUGCCGUGAGCUCCACCGUACCCGAUGACGCAAUGAUCAGCGGGCCUCAUGAAGAUGAACAGCCGCCUCCAGCCCCAGGAUUGGUUGACUCUGUCAACGGGUCAGGCUGCGGGCCCGGGUACACGCGCCACAAUGCCACCUGCCGCUCGCUCUGCGACUUCCUUCCCAGCUACUGCUUCAACGGGGGGCAGUGUUACCUAGUGGAAGGGACGGGGGCUUUCUGCAGGUGCAGUGUACAGGACUACAUCUGGCACAAAGGCUCCCGGUGCGAGUCGGUGGUGACAGAGUUCCAGGUGAUGUGCAUGGCAGUGGGUGUGGCUGCGCUCACGGUGCUCCUCCUCUUCAUGGUCACCGUGUGCUUUGCCAAGAAGCUACACCUGCUUAAGAUGGAGAACCGCAAGCUGCGGAGGCGCAGCAGUAAGUAUCGUCCUGCCUCGGAGCAGCACAAUGAUAAUUUCUCAUUGUCCACCAUUGCUGAGGGCUCCCACCCAAAUAAAACCAUGAACAGAUACACCUGGGAGUGUAAGACCAAAGAGGAGCCCGACGGCGAGCCAUAUGGCGUGCUGCUGCCGUCAGUACAGAGCCCUGCCCAGUGUCUCCAUGGCGACCAUAUGAAGUACAGUCACCUGGGAGACGUACACACAGAGACACAAGCGAUCCUCACCUCCACGGAUGACCCGAAUGCCCAGAACAAGCUGGAGGACCCCGUGAAGGUGCCUCCGCCUAAGGAGGAUGAGUCUCUCAAUAUCCAGAACUCGCUCACCCCCAAGCACGAGAAUAACAAGGUGGUGGGUGAGGAGGAUUCGGCGGAGGUGAACUCCCUGCAGAACAAUAUGAUGUAGUGCCAGCGGUGCUGUCCCUC